GGGACGCGGGGGGCCGGCGACGGAGGCGCGGCGGCCCCGCGGCGCCCCAGGACGAGCGGACGGCGGAGGGACGCGCCGGUGGCCGGGGCAAAGAGCGGGCCGCCGCCGCUGAGAAGAAGAAUUCUGUCAGUAUAACUCAUUCCUGUACUGGAGAGCACCACUGCCUGCUAUUGAUUUGUCUGAUAUUCAGAACCUAGAUGGAGGGACUCCACCAGAAGCUAAAACUCCUUCAAGGACUGAUGCUAUGGAGACUGAAAUGGAGACCUGAUCAAUUGUUUCAUAGUUGUACAUGUACUUGCAGGAAACUUGUUUCCGUUUGGAUUCAGGUUUUUCUACUUGGGAGAAAAAUGAGCAUGCUUCUGCCUUUUUGAAGAAAUAGUAUUAUGUCAGUCUGCAAAAGCAAGUCUGAGUUGUCUUAAGUGGAUGGGAUAAUCACUAUUAGGUACUUAAUAGUAAGCUGUCUGGAGGUGUACAGUGUAGAGGAGGCUAUGAUGUCUAGCAAGAAUGCUUGAAAAUACGGAGGCAGGCUAAAAGAAGACUACAGAAAAUUAGAACUUUGGGAUGCGAUUAAAAGAAACAGGUGAAUAUGUUACAUGUCAAAAGGAAAUGGAAAAUCAUCUUGCCUGUCCUGAACAAAAAGAUAUAACUGUGGUACCUAAAAGUGAAAUAUUUAUAAUGUGAAUUUAUCAUAAGGCAUACAAACUCCAGCAAUUUUUAAUGUGGGUUUUUUUCCGUGUUUAAUAGCUAAACCAAAAAGUAAGAGCCUACUAAAACCAGACAAAACAUUCCCUUUUCUAUGCAAACCAAAACCAAAUGUGGCAGGGAGGGGGAAGGAAAAGGGGAUCUUUUCUUCUGUAAGCUGCCACUGUUCUGAAAGUUUUUCACAUUCUCCUUGUGAAAAAGUUUUCUCACCUUCUCCAUUUCACAUUACCCAAAGCAGUGGUCAGCCAGCUUUUAGGUUUUUGGUCCAUUUUCAAGUUAAUGCUAUUCUUACUCUUUGUGACAUUAGCUCUGAAUCAGUCAGUAGCAUUGAAAUGGCAGGUGUGCACAGGUGUGUCAGGGAAAGUUAAUGGAAUAUAAAAUUGCCACAUACACUGACCGAGGUGUAGUUUUUGCUGAGAAUGGAUUUUGCAAAAAAUUUUCACAAAAGUUCACUGAAUAGUGUUUUUUGCUGUGAAAUAUGACUUAAUGCUUGUCUUCUGUAAUUUAUUUACAAGCUGAAGUACAAUUAGAAAGACUUGUUUUUAAUAAUAGACUGAAGUUGUAUGGGGAGACUGUCAGCCUCUGUAAAUGUGAUUUGUCUUUAAGGAUAGCAAACACUGUUUUUUUUCUGGAAUCAUCACUGAAGAAGGCAACUUCUGAAAUUUUCUAAUUUUUUAAAAGUAAUGUAUUUACUAAAGAACAAUAAAGUUUUGCCUGUGUGUAUUUGAAAACUUUGGGACUAUUACUAUGUAAAGUUCCUGACUUUUUUUCUUCAGAUUGUUGUUUCUAUAACUUUGCCAUUUUAUUAGGUCUUUCUGCCUAAAAUAGUCAGCUUGUCAGCCUUCGUAGUAAACAUUUGGAAACUUUUUUUCAGUAUUUGUGCUGUAAGGUAGCUGUAUUUGUUCAUUAAUAUUCAUUAGGGUCAUUAGAUUGUUAGGGUCUCUUAGUACCCACAGAAGAAAGGAGGUGGCUUAGUGACUCAAACAUUUCGUGGUGCUUGGUUGGAUGUGCUUCUGCCUGCUGUCAGAUUAGCUGGAUACAUAUUUAAACAAUAUUUAUUCUUCUCUCACAUUUUUAAUGAUAUUUUUAUAAGUCCAAAUACAUCAACUUGUCUUAGGAGGUACUUUAAAAAUGUUUUUAAAAACAAACUCCUUUUCUGGCAAGACUGCAAGUGCUAUUUCAUGUUUACUAUAACCAAAAUAAAUUAGUGAGGAAACAGAUUAAUUGGUUUGUUGAGGUGUUUGUUUUGUUUUGGUUUUUUUUUUUUUUUUUACCCUAGGUAAUACAUGCAUUCCUAUAUUUGUGGGUUUUAUAAUAUUUCACACUAUCCAGUAUUCUCAGGAUCCAGUAUUUUGCAUUAUUAGCUAGUAUCUUUGCAGAAAUACUUUAGUCACUUAAAAUCUGCUUGGAGCUUCAUAUGCAGUAGGUAUGUCCUAGCAAUAGACUGCAUUUUAUUGUUAAAAUCUGUCUCUCCUUUCCACUGUAUUCACAGGACAAAAGAGUUUUUAUUAUUGUCUUUAGAAUACAUAUUUGAGCUAUUCCAUAACAAAAUAAAUAAGCCCUUUAAACUGAAUGAAGCUUGCACUGUGUUGUAGGCCAUAUGUUUACUUUAUUUGCAAUUACGCUGUAGGCAAGCACUUGCUUCUUGGCUUGUUCCAGUCAUGGGCUCUGGGUUAUGGGCUGGAAUGUUAUGGCUACUUUCAGAGCAUUUGCUGAACUGAUUAAUUUUUUCCAUUCAUCUGUUUGCAAAUAGAGGCAAAUUUAAAAGUCUUGGAAAACUUUUUUAAAUGAGUCUGAGAGUUUGAGUUACACAAAAGGCUGGGCAAGGUAAGGGGGAGUGAUGAUAGAUUACAUAAACUUUGCAUUAGAGCUGUCAAAAGGUGUGAUCAAGACAUGUCAUUGCUUAGUUUCUGGUGUCUCCAGAUACCAUGUGUCACGGUGGGCUACCAGAACACUGGUCUUGGCUUCCAACUCCGUAUUUCCAGAGCGCUCUUAUUCAAGGGCUGUACAUAAACUGUAAGCAAGCUUCAGAUGUUUUAAUUUGCAUGUGCAUUCAUACCCAGUCAGAAGAAAAUGUUCUUUUGAAAUAACAAAAUGUCAGCACAAAUUCUAAGACAUCUCAGGAGUAGCGUAAUAGCUAGCAACCGAUAAUCUUAAUUUGAUGUGUUCUUAAACUUUGAGAAAAAAAAAUUGUUUAUAUUCUCUCUAGGUAACUGGGAGUUUGCUUUUCUCUAAAAUGUUCCUCUUCAAAAGGAAGAACCACUGUCAUAAGAGUAAGAAAAUGCGCAGUGUAACCACAGAGAUCAUCUGGAUACUACCCAGGUUGAUACGGUGUUGCAUAUGGAAGUAGCACAGUAAGGGUAUGGGCAUACUGAUGAGAAAUGAAAUGCUGGAGUUAAACAUGUUUCAGAGCAGAUUUAAACAGCAAAGUAGUAUUACCAGCUUGCCUGCUUUUGUAAAUUUUCUGUCUCAUUCUAAACUUAAGGCCUGCUUUUCAUGGACUGAUUUGUGUUUAUUGAAGGCCUGUACUGUAUUUAUGGUUCCCAAGAUAGAUGAGCCUCCAGGAGAAGCUUAAAGCUCAGUCCAAAUCAGGAAAGUGAAGAACUACUAUGAAAAACAGGCUGCACUGAUGACCAUGUCUUGGAUAACUAGACUGUGGUAGAAAGAAAGAAAAAAGAAGAAAGUAGGGAAUGGAAGAUAGGUGAUGAUGAUGAAGUAGCGUAGCAAAUGAGUGCAUAGCUGGCCAGCAGAGCAAUGACAUGAAGUAAUAUUUUCAGCAUUGGCUCCAUCUUCAGCACAGCAACAUUUACAAUAGUUUAAAUAUCAUGAUUAACAGUAAAUCUUAGGUUUCUCACUGUUUUGACAGUUGCUGCUUGAUGUUUUUUCCUGUUGGCAAGGUCAAGAAUUUAAUGGACAUUAAAAAAGUACAACACUCUUAUGUAUAUGGGUAGUUUGAAAAUCCACAGGAUCCUCUGUGUAGAAGAUAAGACAGUGCAAGUAUAUGUUUCCAGGUGGCACCGAAGAUAAUUGCUGUCCAGCAUUUGGCAGCUAUUUCUGGUUACAGCAGAUUCGUUGUGGGGAAUUCUUGUGUAUUUUUGUGAAAGCAUCUGAUGACGGCUGCAUCAAAUACACUGCACGGACUCAUUGCUUGGUAUGUUAAAGCUUAUGUUCAAAGAAGCAUUUCAAAAUAGCUAGUAUGCUUGGGCUGGCUUAAUUAUUUCCAUGCUUACAGUUAUAACCUUGACUCUCUAGGUGGCAAUACACAUACACAGUAAACUACAAUGAAUCUGGAAAAAGUUUUGGGUAUGCCUUUAUUCUGAACCGCUACUGAAAAUUCAAGCAGUGACAUCAUGAAUGUUAAUCAUUUCCUUACUGUGAUAUAUAAAUAAAGGCAGGUCAAGUCACAAGUUCCUGAUUAUAAGGUGACACAAGGUCUUCAGCAACAUUGGAAUAAAAACAUUUUGUCAAGAAUUGGUUCAUCUCCUGUUUCUCUCCCCCUGCCCCCGCCUCCAAAAAAAAAAAAAAAAAAAAAGCUAUCAACACUUGGGAGUUUGUUGUCACUACUUGUUAGCACUGUUUCCAUUAGUUAGAACUCGAAAGCAAGCUUCAUCUGUGUGUUGGAUGGAAACUUCAGUCAGUGUCUGAAGGCUACUUGAAAUGUACUCAUUAAAUAUGAGGAAGAAAAAGGACAUGAAAAGCAAGAAGUGUGACGCAUUGUUCCUAAUGGGCAUCCAAGAAUUGAGCUGGCCGCACUGCUGUUGAAGUGACAGCUUAGACACUGGGAAUAUAGGACUUAAGCAAAAAGAAGCAUAAAGGAUGGAUAACCAAGAUAGUGCUCAUCUUAAGUCCCCCAAAUCUUGGAUCGAAGAGGUCUUCAGUAAAAGAGAAUGUGUACACAUCAUUCCCAGUUCAAAAGAUCCUCACAGGUGUCCUGCAGGGUGCCAGGUGUGCCAGAAUUUAAUCAGAUGUUGCUGUGGACGGCUGAUUGGAGAUCACCCAGGAGUAAACUGUAGCUGGCCUGUUUAUCAGACUGCCCCACAGAUAGACGGUGGAGAAUGGUCUGUGCAAAAACACACAAAGACAAGUCCAACGGACGCAUUUGGUACAAUCAAUUUUCAAGAUGGAGAUCACACUUACCAUGCCAAGUAUAUUAGACUCUCCUAUGAUAGCAAUUUGGAUCAGCUGUUGCACCUGAUGGUUAAAGAAUGGCAGAUGGAGUUACCAAAGCUAGUGAUCUCUGUUCAUGGAGGCAUUCAAGAUUUCAAGCUUCCCUCAAAGGUCAAGCAGGUUUUCAGCAAAGGAUUGGUGAAGGCUGCUGAGACUACAGGAGCAUGGAUAAUUACAGAAGGCAUCAACAGCGGAGUGUCCAGGCAUGUGGGGGAUGCACUGAAAGGCCGUGCCUCACCACACCUAAGAAAGAUCUGUGCUGUUGGGAUUCCUCCAUGGGGUAUCAUUGAGAACCAGAGGGAUCUCAUUGGAAAAGAUGUAGUUUGCCUGUACCAGACUCUUGGUAAUCCACUCAGCAAGCUAAGCACCCUCAACAGCAUGCAUUCUCAUUUUCUAAUGGCAGAUGAUGGGACAGUAGGCAAGUAUGGGAAUGAAAUGAUGCUCAGGAGGAAUUUGGAGAAGUACAUAUCACUUCAAAAAAUACACACAAGAAUGGGCCAAGGUAUACCCAUAGUUGGGUUGGUGGUGGAAGGAGGCCCCAACGUGAUCCUUAUGGUGUGGGAGUACGUGAGGGCCAGCCCAGCUGUCCCCGUGGUGGUCUAUGAGGGCACUGGCAGAGCUGCCGAUAUCCUGGCUUUUACCCACAAACACACAGGUGAUACAGGGGAGCUGCGCCCUCAAGUGAAGGAGGAGGUCUUAGUGAUGAUUCAAAACACAUUUAGCUUGGGACAGAAACAGUCCAGUCAUCUCUUUCACAUUUUGAUGGAAUGCAUGGAGCACAGAGAGUCCAUAACCGUAUUUGAUGCGGAGUCAGAAGAUCAGCAGGACAUUGAUUUGGCAAUUCUGACUGCACUCUUGAAAGGUACAAAUAUGUCUGCUUCAGAUCAGCUAGAUUUGGCGUUGGCCUGGAACCGGCUAGAUAUUGCCAAGAAACACAUACUGGUUUAUGGACAACACUGGAAGGUUGGCGCAUUGGAACAGGCAAUGCUGGAUGCUUUAGUGAUGGACCGUGUGGAUUUUGUGAAGCUGUUAAUAGAGCAUGGAGUGAACAUGCACCGUUUUCUUACCAUAUCUCGUUUGGAAGAACUCUACAAUACAAAACAAGGACCAUCAAAUCUACUUUUGCAUCACCUAGUUCGAGAUGUGAAACAGAAUACCCUUUCCUUGGAUUACAAGAUAUCACUGAUUGAUAUCGGACUGGUGAUAGAGUACCUCCUUGGUGGAGCUUAUCGGAGCAGCUACACAAGGAAGCAUUUCCGAAUUCUCUACAAUGAUCUCUACAGAAAACACAAGAGAGUGCUCUCCAGCUUUUCCCAGAGCCUGUCUCAUUCCCUUCAUCAGAGUAAUCAGACGGGUAGCAGAAUGGGAUCUCCUGAAAGUACGUUGCAUUCUCAGUUCUUCAGAACAGCACAGCCUUACAAAUACAAGGAAAGAUCCACUGCUUUCCAUAAGUGUAAGAAGAAAUCAAAAGAGGAAAUAAACUUUGCAGAGAACUAUGAGUCAUCUGGCUUUAUCUACCCCUAUAACGACCUCCUGGUUUGGGCAGUAUUAAUGAAAAGGCAAAGGAUGGCGAUGUUCUUCUGGCAGCAUGGAGAGGAAGCCAUGGUGAAAGCUGUUGUGGCUUGUAAACUUUACAGGGCGAUGGCACAUGAAGCUAAACAGAGCAACAUGGUGGAUGACACUUCAGAAGAACUCAAGAAGUACUCAAAGGAAUUUGGGCAGCUUGCUUUAGAUGUGCUGGAGAAAGCAUUCAAACAAAAUGAGCAGAUGGCCAUGAAGUUGCUGACCUAUGAACUGAAAAACUGGAGCAACUCAACUUGCUUAAAACUAGCAGUGUCUGUGGGGCUGCGGCCUUUCGUAUCCCAUACUUGCACACAGAUGCUGCUGACUGAUAUGUGGAUGGGACGCCUGAAGAUGCGGAAGAACUCCUGGUUUAAGGUCAUUAUCAGUAUUCUCCUGCCUCCCACCAUCUUGAUGCUGGAGUUUAAAAGCAAGGCAGAAAUGUCUCAUGUGCCUCAGUCUCAAGACUUCCACCAGUUCACAUGGUAUCAUGGGGAUCAGAGCCCAACCAGCAUUAAAGAUGCCUUGUCUCUGAAAGAUUAUGAUGUGGAGAAGGUUGCCCAGAAGUCUGAUGAAAGCCAAGUAGACGGUGGACAAGGAAACCUGCCUGGCACUAGAAAAAUCUAUGAGUUCUACAACGCACCAAUUGUCAAGUUCUGGUUUCACACGAUGGCAUACAUGGCGUUCCUCAUGCUCUUCACUUACACUGUGUUGGUGAAGAUGGAACCAAGACCAAGUGUGCAAGAGUGGCUUGUUAUCAUUUAUGUUUUCAGCACCGCUAUUGAAAAAGUCAGGGAGGUAUUUAUCUCAGAACCUGGAAAAUUUCGCCAAAAAGUGAAGGUUUGGGUUUCUGAAUACUGGAAUUUUACUGAUUCUAUAGCUAUCAUCCUGUUUAUGAUUGGUUUUGGCUUGCGCUGGUCCGACCCCCCUGUUCAAACUGCAGGGAGGCUACUUUACUGCUUGGAUAUAAUAUUUUGGUAUGCUCGGCUCCUUGAUCUUUUUGCUGUGAAUCAGCACGCUGGCCCAUACCUGACAAUGAUUGGAAAAAUGACAGCAAACAUGUUCUAUAUUGUGGUCAUGAUGGCCAUAGUCUUGUUGAGUUUUGGAGUGUCACGAAAGGCAAUCCUUUCACCAGAGGAGCCUCCUUCUUGGACUCUGGCACGAGAUAUUGUAUUUCAACCCUACUGGAUGAUGUUUGGUGAGGUCUAUGCUGGAGAAAUAGAUGUCUGUGAAACCAAUGAAGACUGUCCUCCUGGCUCCUUCCUCACACCGUUCCUCCAAGCUGUCUACCUAUUUGUGCAGUACAUCAUCAUGGUCAACUUGCUUAUUGCUUUCUUUAAUAAUGUUUAUUAUGAUUUGAAAUCCAUAUCGAACAAGCUCUGGAAGUACAACCGGUACCGCUACAUUAUGACCUACCAUGAGAAGCCAUGGCUGCCCCCACCAUUCAUCCUCCUGAGCCACAUUGGACUUCUCAUAAACCGCAUCUUCCACCAUCGGCCCCCAAAUGAGCUGGAUCAAGAGGAAGGUGACGUUGGACUAAAGCUGUACCUAAGUGAUGAGGAGUUAAAGAAACUCCACGACUUUGAGGAACAGUGUGUGGAAAAAUAUUUUCAUGAGAAGAAUGAAAGCCUGAGUUCCAGUGACAGUGAAAGGAUCCGUCUGACAACAGAAAGAGUGGAGGAGAUGUUUCUGCAGCUUAAAGAAGUGCAUGAGAAGGUAUUUUAUAUCAAGGAGUCUUUACUCUCCCUGGACAGCCAGCUAGGACAUUUGCAAGACCUGUCUGCCUUGACAGUGGACAUCCUGAAAGUGCUUUCAGCUGUAGACACCUUGCAGGUGGAAGAAGCCUUACUGGCUGACACAAAACAUCGAACCUGUAGGAAGCUGCCCCAUAGCUGGAGCAAUGCACUCUAUUCCAAGACCUUGAGCAGCCUGGAAUGUUUGUAUGACAAAAAAUACCACUACUACAGCAUGCCACCCUCCCUCUUACGGAGCUUGGUAAGGAGUCAGUGGCCAUCAGAGUGCAAAGACCAUGUAUUGAGGACUGAGAGUAACAAGGUGGUAGAAGACAGCUCUCGAAAGAUAGAAAUAGAAAGUGACACACUCACUUCAGGAGUAUCUUCUGAGACUAAGUCAACCCCUAGAUAUGGACAAUUUUUGCUGGUGCCCCCUGACCAUCAGGGAGGGUCUUUCUCUGAGGAUGUCGCCUUAAAUUUGUCCUUUUUGAGCACUCCUGCCAAGUAUGGGGACGAUGCAUUCAGAGAUGAGCUGCAAAGUAGCAUUGUGGUGCAGCGAAACUUGCAGAGUGUCAGCCUCAUUGGAAAAGAGCCAGAAGAUUAUCAAUGGAGCCGGAGAGAUUUUGUUAUUCAUUUGCCAUCAGAAAAGUCUAAUGCCGUAGAGGCUGAUCAUCCUCCUGGUCUCCAGCCGUCGCUCGAUAUUGAAGAGAGUGCAGCACCCUCCUGCGAUGACAGGGAAAAAACUGAAGGUGGUUAUGUGAACUGGGGAUUCUCUGAAGGUGAUGAAAAAGGUGUUUUCAGCUCAGAAUCAAGGAAGUCAGCCCUGUGCAUACAUUCCACAUACAACAGUGACUGCAAUUGCACGGGUAGUCCUCCCAGACAUGUCCAGAUAAGAGAAUCAAAGUCCUUCUCCUACAACUCUGACAGGUCACAUCACAGCAGCAGCAUCUCUCAGAACAAGCUGAAACGCAGCACCUCCUUCUGGAUCAGCCCACUCUGGAGGGACUGGAGUUUCUGCAGGAGCAACAGCUUACAGUCCCCUAAGAAAGAGAAAAGAGGGAACACCUGCAAGGCCAUAGAUGAGUCUUUACGAUCCAGUGAGCUACACCACAGUGAGGCAACAAAAGCAAAACAACAAAACAGAGACAGAAAGUCUGGGAGAGGAAAGAAGAAUCAAAAACCCCUUCAGGUGCCGGUGAUUAGAGUGGAUGAUUGUCCCCAGAACACCCAAGUGAGCUCAGAGCCCGCAGAGAUCAAUGUCUGGGAUGAGCAAGAGAAACACAGCAAGAACUGGCUCACUGUGUCUAAUUUCAGUCAGCUAAGUUUGGAACGCCUCAGUUACAUGCACCAGAAAAUGAAAAAUCAAGACAUUGGUAGGCAUACCAUACCAUUCUGUGAUUACCUGAGGCAUUCCCGAGAGGAUUUGAGUAAUAGCAUAUUUGGAACCACCAAGAAAAGUAAUGUGAACAGGAACUCCUCGUUGAGAUCUUCAGAGGAAACUGGCAAUAUCUUUGCUUGCUUGAAAACAUCUCAAGAUCUGCAUCAUCACUACUCAGCUGUUGAAAGAAACAACUUGAUGAGACUUGCUCAGACUAUACCAUUUACACCAGUGCAGCUCUUUGCUGGAGAGGAAGUUACGGUUUAUCGGCUAGAAGAAAGUUCACCUAUGAACCUUGAUAAAAGCAUGUCUUCCUGGUCCCAGCGUGGUAUGGCUGCAAUGAUCCAAGUCCUGUCACGGGAGGAGAUGGAUGGGGGUCUGCGGAGGGCCAUGAAGGUCAUUUGUACUUGGUCUGAGAAUGAUGUAUUAAAGCUGGGACAAGUAUUUAUUGUGAAGUCUUUUCUGCCAGAGGUGGUUCAGACUUGGCAAAAGAUCUUUCAUGAUGGCACAGUGUUACAUCUCUGCCUGAGGGAGAUCCAACAGCAAAGGGCUGCCCAGAAGUUAAUCUAUACCUUCAAUCAAGUGAAGCCUCAUACUAUUCCCUAUACUCCAAGGUUCUUGGAAGUUUUCCUCAUCUACUGCCAUUCAGCGAACCAGUGGCUGACCAUUGAGAAGUACAUGACUGGUGAGUUUCGGAAAUACAACAACAACAACGGAGAUGAGAUUACACCCAAUAGCUUGCUGGAAGAACUGAUGCUGGCAUUCUCUCACUGGACCUACGUGUACACCCGUGGGGAACUCCUUGUCCUGGAUUUGCAAGGUGUUGGGGAAAACCUUACAGAUCCAUCUGUGAUUAAACCUGAAGACAAAAAAUCUGGAAAGAUGGUAUUCGGACCAGCAAACCUAGGAGAAGGUGCAAUAAGAAACUUCAUCACAAAGCAUCGUUGUAACUCUUGCUGCAGGAGGCUGAAACUUCCUGAUUUGAGAAGAAGUGACUACACACUGGAAAGGGUCGGUCCAGCCUUCGAAAUAGAAAUGGAGAUAAGCACCAGAGGAGCUGACGAUGCAGAUGAGCCUUCAGAGUAUGACACGCGGCUGUGAAGCAGUGGCUGUGAACAGAGCCCAUGUGUUUGCGUGCUGAAAAACCUGCCCCUUAUCACUGCCAUGGGUCAGUCCAAAAGUAACAAAUGCAGGUGUCUGAGUGCAGCAUCUGUCAGCCCUUGACAGACCCUAUAGGCAAGGAAUAAAAAAAAUUAUCUUUGUUUACUCCCCUUCAGUGCUCUUGUGCUGGUUUUUCUCGUACAGUUCAGUGAAUUGCCAGGAGCUGGUCACCCCUUAGCUGGAUGAACUGUCCCAUCAGUGCCUUUUUUUUUUGUAAAAAUUAAAAAAAAAGUGUAUUAUGGUUCCAAACUGUGCUUUCUUAGGAGAAUGACCGUGACAAGCAUAUUUCCUAGGGGGAGUUAUUUGAUGUUUCUCUCUCUGCUCUUUUUAGUAAAUAACUGAAUGUAUACACACAUGCAAAUCAUUCAUUUUCAGAAGCAGAGACCACUCAGCCCCAUGCUCACUUUUCCCUUGGCAUAGGAGGCUCUCCCGGAAACUGCAGAAAUACUGCUUUCUCUUUAUUGUUGAUUUUGAUGCAGAGACAAACCAAGAAUGUAUGAGUAAUGAAUCAGUGGUUUAAACAAUAGUCACUGAUACAGCAGGUAGACUGAAAAAUUUUGUGGGAGUUUCACCCUGAUUUUUUUUCACAUACCAAGAAUAAGUUGAACAAUGAAGGGUUAGAUUAUUGGACCCACAAGGAUCAUUGACCUUUCUCAUUUUGAGUUGAUGAAAUUUGAUAAAUCUAUGAUCUCUAAUACAAACAUAAAGAAUAACCUUGAACGUGAUUCAACUUUUAACCAGGACCUGCCUUUCUUUAUAACAUUUUAGCUUCAGAAUGUUUUAAAAUUGUAAUUGGCAACCAGGAUUUUAGAAGUCACAGAGAAUAAUAUGUUCCAUUUGUAUUUAACUCCUUGUUGAUAGUGUCAGGCUGUAUGUAGGACUUUUGUCUAACAGUGGUGCAUUUAUAUGUAUGCUUUUGCAGCAUCUGCAUCUGUUUCUAUUGAUGUAAUCUUAUUUCAGUAGAAGUUCACAAAACACAAAAAUCAGUUACAUGCAAUAUGAUUUUCGUAGAAUAAAGAUUGAAAUGAAGUGCUCAGCAGAAAUGUCUCUAAUAAAACUAGUGUUGUUUUACAGAUCACAUCUAUCAUUAGAGCAACUUUGUACUUCUGUAUUGAGCAGGAAUACCUAAUAUUGAAAUGUAAGUCAACAGAAAACUUUAUACUUGAAUAAGAAACAAAGUCAUAUUUCCACCACAGCUGAUAGUAAAUUUUAAUGUGUACAGGGGCUAUUUGUUAUGAUCUAUCAUUCAUUUGGUAUAUUUAGAAAAUGUCUAUGUACACAUAGGAAUUGGAAGUUAUGCGUUCCCAAUUUUUAUAUUGAUUAUGAUAUUGAUGAUGGCAUUGAAGUAAUACCUACACUGUGUUCAGCUAAGAUGUCUUCAGUUCCUGAGAGCAUCCUGAAGAUACUCUUCUUGCUUUUUAUCUUUUUAAAAAUAGUUUUAUAAGAUUAUUUUUGUGAAAACCCCCCACCUUUAUCCCUAUUAGAUUGUACUACUUAUUUUGCAAAAAUUAUACUUCCCUUUGGCUUUUUUUUGAAACAAUUCAAUUUAUCAGAAGGCUUAGCAAGUCUGUGAAAGAAAUUGUUUAAUUGCAUGUCUACAGAAUGGUGGUGGAUUUUGAUCCCUUUGCUGGUAAGGUAGUAGUUCUGCUUCCAGUGAUCAUCAUCUUAAAAUUUGGCUUUAGGGAGAUAUGUGCUUGCAUGCAUACAUAUAUACAUUAAAGACAGAACUUUCUCUACAGGAUCUCUAACUGUUAGUAUGCCUUUAAAUUAAAUUAAGUUAAAUGACACAUCAAUAUGUCUUCAAAGCCAGAGACAAUUGAAGUCCUGCCCUGAUAGUGUUGUUUUCCUCAAUCAUUGCCAUAAAUUCUGAACACAUAUACAUUAGACACAAAAAAUAAACUCCACACCAGGCUGGGCCUGAGCACCAUUUGUUUCUUUUCAAGUUUUGAAGACAUGCACAAGUCAUACUUCAGAUGAUCUUUUCUUGACAACCCUCCUGUAGCCUUCAAGAGUGAGUGGCUUCUGCAUUCAUAACAAUACUUGUGAGAAUUCUUUCAGUAUAUAGCUCACUGUAGAUUUAUCUUAUUUCAUCGUGUUAGUACCCAUCAAGGUACAUGCUACUUUCCCCUCAGAUUGGGGAUCCUUGCAAGACACUAACCUGUGUUAAAAUAUAGUUGAUAUAAACAUGUUUGAUAUUGAAUUUUGCACAGUGUGAAGUAUUAAUGUGAUGAAACAAGAAAAGGAGGCAUUUGAAAUUGUUCCAUUGUAUACUUGCAUCCUAGCACUAAUUUUUCCAUGCAUGGAGACACUAAGUUGAAAAAUUCCAGUGAUUCUGCAGGUUAAUUAUUUUUGCCUCACCUUUCUUUUUGUAUUUUUUGGGGAGGGCUGAUUCACAUUUCACUAAACUAUAAAUCUGGGUAUUUGGUUAAAGAUCUUCCCUGCCCCCCCCAACUUUGUCAUAGUUUAGUAAUAAAUUAUAAUGAAAAUAAUUUGAAAAAGUUAUUUUUAUUUCUUUUGAGUCAUUGGUGUCUUUCUUACUACAAAUUCUGUACAUUCUUUAAAUUGUCUUUUGAUGUCUAAAUACUGACCUCAGGUUGAAGUCCAUGCCCACUGAAAAAACAUGAAAAAAGCCCAGCAGCCUUUAACGAGAACAGCAAUGAGCCCCACACUAAAACCAUGGUGCAUGUGGAAUGAGAGAUAUGCAGGACAGGCUUCUUUCUCUAGCUGCUUGACAACUAGUGUGGAAGAGGAAAUCUUGCGUGUCCAACCAGAGGGUUUUCUGAUUAUUAGUUUCAAUGUUUUUGCUUAAAAGCACAUACAGGAAUUUAUUUUAUACUUCUGGUAGGUUCAGGAAAAUAGUCCUGCUUAAUUUGCUCAAAUAAGCCAGGCAGUAAAGUUCUGAAAAAAAAUUUGAAACCAAAGUAUUUCUAAACUCACAUUUUAAUAUGAGCUUAAAAGAAGCUUACUUAGGAAUUCAGUUGGGAUUACUCAAAGCAAAAUGUAUUUCUGGCAGCUGCUGCAUUGGAGAUGUAGCUUAAACACAUGAAAAAUAUUCAGAAAUUGCCAACCUCAUUCUCAGGAAGGCUUUUUUCAUUUCCUUUAUUCAUAGUUGUGGUGUAUUCGGAGUUAUUCAUUUAUUGUUAGUGCAAUAAAGACAGAAGGGAUAUUACGUCUAUAUUUUCUAGAAAUGGAUUUGUAUUUGUUGUGGUUUUGUCAAUCUAUUUCAUACUCUUUCAAAAGAAUAAAAAUACAUUUUCAAAAUGUUUCUGUUCUUGAUGGGUGUAGAAUGAAAGAAUAUGUUUCCAAACACUAAGGGAAACAGGUGAAAGUAACGUACAGAAAAUAAUGCAGUUAUUUUUAUUUUUAAUCUCAAGGUAAUAAACAGGUAUUAAUUCUAUAUUUGUCAUGUGGUUUCCAGGUCUCAUUUUGUUUUAAUGGUGUAGUAGUAUUAGUUUCUAUUCUUGUAGUCAAUAUGCUUGCAGCAAGAAUAUUUCUACACCUGUCCCAUAAGUAAAAAUUUCUUUUUACAGAAGCAGCAAGUAGAUACUUUAUAAGAUGUUUUAUUUACUUAUUAGAUCAUAAUUUAUUAGAUGUUCAAUAAACUCUGGAUUUUUUUUAGUUGAGAUGUAUGCUCGAUUCUCAGAAAACUUGGUAGUUAGUAAACCAAAUCACUGUUGCAGAUUUAAGAAAAAUAAAUGUCAUCACUUUAAUAUGACAAUCUUAUUUUUUACUCUAAUUCUAGAUCUGUGAUGUAAAAAGCCUGGACAGCCACUAGUGUAAACAAGGAGCUGAUGUAAAUGAAUGGCAUUCCAUUGA